ACUUGCAGGGCUUUUGUCAGGAAGGGGGCGUGAACUGGCAUAUUCAUGUGUUGCAUAAAAGGUGAUUAGAUUGGACUGAGCCAUGUUCAUGCUGCUGUGAGCCACGUCUGGAGCACUGACCAGCCGAAAAAGAGCAUAUAAGAGCCUUAUUUAUCAAAAGCACAGGCUCGCUGUACAGAAAGAUGGCGGCUUCCCUGCUGAGGAUAGGACGACUGAGCUGUGUCAAGUGUUUGCAGGCUGAGAGCUGGACUACUCUGAGCAGGGCACCUGCAGCUGUAGCCUUUAGCACAAAAUCUGGAGGUUCCAAGAAGUCAUCAAAAAAGAACAACUCAGACAAAAACCGGGCUAAAACAUACUUCGAUGUAGAGAAACUUAUCCAGCACAAGCCAUAUGAGUUUCCCAAGAAAGACGUUAGCCCAGCAGCCGCUGCAGCAGCAGCAGCUGCAGCUAAACCAGCCGCAGAGCCCAUGCCCUCUGCUGCUACACCUGAAGCUGUGGCAACCAAACCUGUAGUAGAAGCUGCCGUGCCAGUGGUUGAAGCCAUUCCCGCUGCUGAAGCUAUUUCUGACCCAGCUUCAACUGCUGAAGCCACACCUAUUGUUGAAGUACCUCCUGCUGUCAAAGUAGUCUCUGAAUCAGCCCCAGCAGCAGAAGCAGCACCUCUUGCUGAAGCUGUGCCAGUCAUAGAAGCUACAGCUGAAGUUGCUACUGAAGCUACAGUGAUUGAUGAAGCUGUACCAGUGGUUGAGGCUGUCGCUGAAGCUGUACCAGUGGUUGAGGCUGUUGCUGCGGCUGUAGUUGAAGCUAUACCAGUGGUUGAAGCUGUUGCUGAAGCUGUUGUUGACGCUGCACCAGUGGCUGAAGCUGUUGUUGACGCUGCACCAGUGGCUGAAACUGUUGCUGAAGCUGCUGCUGCCCCACCAGCUGUAGAUCCUGCUGAAGCUGCUGCCACUGAAACUGCUGCUCCCAUUGCCGAAGCUCCUGUUGCUGCAGCCCCUGAAGCUGCAGCUGUAGCCCCUGCUGUUGAUGCAGCACCAGCGACUGAAGCUGCUCCAGAAGAACUUCCUGUUGAAGUGGUCCCUGAAGCCACAGCUACAAAGACUGCUGCUGAAGUUCCUAUUGAAGCUGCUCCUGAAGCCCCUGCUGCUGAAGUCACACCUGUAGAUGCAGCCCCUGAGCCUGUGGCUGAAGCUGCCCCUGUAGAAGUGGCCCCAGAACCUGUGGCUGAAGCAUCUCCUGUAGAAGUGGCCCCAGAGCCUGAGGCUCAUGCAUCUCCUGCUGAAGUCCCUGCUGAGACUGCACCUGAAGUUUCUGCCCCUGUUGAGAGCACUGAGGAGCUGGUAGACCCUGCAUCUGUUGUAGCUGAAGCUGCAGGAGAGGAGCUGCAGGCGGAGGGCCCACCUGAACCAGUUGAACCAUCUGAGGCACCUAUGGACCCCAUUCAGAAGCUCUUCCUGGACUCCAUACGCGAGUACACGACAAAAAGCCAGGCUACUGGGGGGCUAGUUGAUGCAGGUUCAGAAUAUGAGAAGGCUUUGGCUGGGGAGAUAGCAAAGCUUCAGAGACUCUAUGGUGGUGGAGACCUGACAUCUUUCCCAGACUUCAAAUUCCCAGAGCCUAAGUUGGAUGAAGUUUCCCAGAAGUGAACAUCAGCACUUUACAAUUAAUCUUUUCUACUGUUGCAUUUUUCCUGUACAUCUGUGCUCCAUAAUGGAAAGUUAACAGUCUGCUUACUGUCAGAGUUACAAGAAAUUCUUGCGUCUUGCUAUAUAUGUGAGAAUAGAGCUGUUUCAGUAACUAGAUAUUUCAUGGGAAUGGAAGCUAUAGCAUUAGAUGUACAUAUUUGACAGACUAAGUGAUCCUAGAGCUGUGACAUAAGCUUUGUGUAGACUUAUCCAAAAGUGUGAAGAAAAACAAUAAAUUCCAAUUCAUA